CGUCGCACCGUCGCGCCGUCGCACUCGGCUCAAGAUGGCGUCCAACCUUGUAAAGUCGACUGCCCGAACUGUAAAGCCGCUUCUUUCGCUCGAUCAGGGUGAAGCGAGGCGGCGUGCGCUAAAUUUAUACAAGGCAUGGUACCGACAGAUGCCUUCCAUAGUCAAGAUGUAUGACAUCCCGGUGACUGCUGAACAGGGGCGCACCAAGCUCCACCAAGAGUUCCUCAGAAACAAGCAUGUCAGGGACAUCAGGACCAUCGACCUCCUAGUAAUCAAGGGCCAGAUGGAGUUGGUCGAGACCUUGAAGAUCUUCAAGCAGAAAUCGCACGUGAUGGCCUUCUUCAAGGACACAGUGGAACCGAAACCGGCAGACUUCAUGUCCAAGUUUUUGUCUGGCCAGUGAAGAGUCUAGGAGCACCAAGCGUCGCACUGCCAUCUCUUUUCUGGCCAUGCCCGUGUUUGGUUGUACAUAUGGCAACAUAGGAAAUAAAGAAAGGGAGGUUAGAGCUGA